AUGUUCGGGGGCCGGGCUCGUCGUCUCUUCCUGGACACUUCGGAGAUCUGGUGGCAGGACCCACCGUCCCUGCAAGCGGAGGCGGCGCCCUGGGAUGUGGCCGAGGUGGCAGCCGUGUGCAAGGCGGCAGAUGAGGGCUCAGAGCCGAGCCCCCAGGAGGGGAACAGCACGGAGGAGCAGGAUGUUCAGGACCCGGAGCUGGAGGCCAUCAAAGCCAAACUGCGGGAAAUCGAGAAGGAGGAUGAGAGGCUGAAGGAGCUGCAGCUGGAAGCUGAGAAUCACCUGUUCAUGAGCUCAGAAGCAGCUCUCUUCCCACUGACAACCAAGGAGAAGAUGGAGGCUGACCAGCGUUCCAUCUAUGUGGGCAAUGUGGAUUACGGGGGCACAGCAGAAGAGCUUGAGUCUCACUUCAACAGCUGUGGGCAGAUCAACCGCGUCACCAUCCUCUGUGACAAGUUCUCGGGCCACCCCAAAGGCUAUGCCUACAUCGAGUUUGAGGAGCAGAGCUCCGUGAAGGCUGCGGUGGAGCUGGACGAGAGCAUCUUCAGGGGCCGUGUCAUCAAGGUGCUGCCCAAGAGGACCAACAUGCCCGGCAUCAGCAGCACGGACCGCGGCGGCUACCGGGGCUGCUUCCAUGCCCGGGGUGGGCUGGGCCGCUGGGGGGGCCCCUAUGGGCAGCAGCCCCGGGUGAGGGGAAGGACCUACAGGGGUCGGGCAAGGCUGCUGCCUUGGUAUUUUCCAUACUAGAAGAGGCUGGACUGCCUGGUGAUGCCAAUGGGACUAAAAUGAGGAGAUGGGAUUGGAGAGAUUUAAAAAUAUGCCUGCCCAAGCCAAAAAACAGAUUAAUUUUAAAAAUGCCAUCUGCCUGGCCGUGAGGAUUACUGGUGAGCCCCGUGCUGGGCUGCAGGAGGGAAGAUGGGAUCUGCUCCAUGCUGCCAGCACCCAGGAGAGCUCAUCCCACCUCAGCUCUGCCCAGAGGGCUGUGUUUGCACAGAGAACAGGCUCAUUCCAGAGAGCACUGUCCUGGGAAGGGAAGAGCUCUCCCAGGCCAUCAAG